AGCCACACUUGGAUGAAGGACUCCAGUGGAGUGAGGAGGGACUUUCAAGUGUUGGAUGAGGGAAAAACUGGAGCACAGGUCUGAGGUCCUUCGCACUGACAAAGGACAGGAAGUGAAGAGAGAUGGAUGGAUGGGUCCGAGGGGAACGCCGGGCCCAGGGCUGACACGGACUGACACGACCUCGCCAUCUGGCUGCUUUCACCUCAACUGAACCUCCUGAAGAGUUGCUUGUUACAGGGCAGAAUUUACAGCUCUGGGGAUGACUGACCAUCAGGUCUGAAGUCCAGCAGAAGUUGGACGGGGGGAGGAGUCCACUCGUAGAGUUGGAUCCUACUGGAGGCACUAUGGAUAUGUACAAAUGUCUGAGCUUACUUUUCUUCACUCUCCCUCCACAAGUUUGUUACCAAGUCAGACCUCGCGCCCAUGCUGAAGAGAGGCUGCUCCAGGAUCUGUUUGUACAUUACAAUAAGCUUUCCCGGCCCGUGGAAAACACCUCAGACACAGUGCUCGUCCACUUCGGACUGUCUAUUGCCCAGCUUAUUGACGUGGAUGAGAAGAACCAGAUGAUGACUACAAAUGUGUGGGUCAAGCAAGAAUGGAACGAUUACAAACUCCGCUGGAACCCGGAGGAAUACGAAAAUGUCACCUCCAUCCGUAUCCCCUCAGAGAUCAUCUGGAGGCCUGACAUUGUCCUGUACAACAAUGCCGACGGCGACUUCGCGGUGACUCACCUUACAAAGGCGCACCUGUUCCACGACGGUCGGAUAAAGUGGAUGCCACCAGCGAUUUAUAAGUCUUCGUGCAGCAUAGAUGUUACCUUCUUCCCUUUUGACCAGCAAAGCUGCAAGAUGAAGUUCGGCUCGUGGACCUAUGACCGCGCCAAGAUCGAUCUGAUCAGCAUGGACAGUGACGUGGACCAGAUGGACUACUGGGAGAGCGGCGAGUGGGUUAUCAUGAACGCAGUGGGCAAGUACAAUACCAAGAAGUACGAGUGCUGCACAGAGAUCUAUGCAGACAUCACUUACUACUUCAUCAUCCGGAGGCUUCCGUUGUUCUACACUAUUAACCUCAUCAUCCCUUGUCUGCUCAUCUCCUGUUUGACUGUGCUGGUGUUUUAUUUACCGUCGCAAUGUGGAGAGAAGAUUACCUUGUGUAUCUCAGUGUUACUGUCUCUAACCGUGUUCCUCCUGCUGAUCACAGAGAUCAUACCGUCUACAUCGCUGGUGAUUCCACUGAUCGGUGAAUACCUACUGUUCACCAUGGUUUUUGUCACACUCUCUAUCAUAAUUACAGUCUUCGUGUUAAAUGUGCAUCACCGCUCACCACAAACCCAUGGCAUGCCUCACUGGGUGCGGAGGGUGUUCUUGGACUGGGUGCCUCGAGUCCUCUUCAUGAAGCGUCCGCCAGGCACCGCAAAGCAGCACUGCAAGAAGCUUAUCGAGAUGAUGCACCGUCCAACCACGAUAUCGGCAACAGGCAACUCUCAGGCCUUCUGGGCGGGGUUAGAGACAGGACUGAGACAGUUGAGACAGGUAGAGAAUGCACUCCCAAAGACUCCGUCCGACAGUCCAAGCAUCCUUGUUUGCUCACCUUCUCCGCCAUCCUCCCCCCUUCAGGACCACACCCAGGGAGAUCACCCACUAAAGGCCAACAUCUUUUGCCGGCCCACAUCCGGUCAGUAUUCGGUUCUCUCAGACAAACAAACCUUACGAGGACACAACUCCGCGGCCUCGUCUUGUUCCCAGUUGUCCUUGCCCCCGUCUUUGCCACUGGGCCCACUUCGCAGCCUGUCAAGGGAAGAGCCAAAUUCGCUGGCCCCGAACGGCCGCUCCCUCAGUGUAGAGCAAAUGUGUGACCAACAGAAGGAGCUUCCUCAGAGAGCUGAGCAUUGCUGUCGCUCCCGCAGCUUCCAGUACUGCUGUCUGCAUGACGAAGGGCCCGGGUUCAUCGGGAUCACAGGGCGGGUGAAGAAACAACCCCCUGUAGAUCACCUAGCAGAAACCUUCUCAGCAGAGUCCAUGAAAGAUGCAAGUACACAACAGGACACCAUGGUUGCAACCAUUUCCCCAGCUAUGCAACGGGCCAUCGAGGGAGUUCAGUACAUCGCUGAUCAUCUCCGGGCAGAGGAUGCAGACUUUUCAGUGAAGGAGGACUGGAAGUAUGUGGCCAUGGUCAUCGACAGGAUAUUCCUCUGGAUGUUUGUACUGGUGUGUAUACUGGGAUCUGUGGGACUCUUUCUUCCUCCUUGGCUGGCUGGAAUGAUUUAGAAUCAUCGCCAUCAAGGAAAAAGUCAAUAACUCUGACAGGAGGACACGCUGCGUUAUAUUGUAAGAAAAAAAAAAGUUUAUCAUUUAUCUUCUUAUUUUCUAUUUUUCAAAGGAGCUACAAGUCACAUUCCUCGCCCCUACCCCGGGGUUAUCAGAAGGUUACUCGUGGAGAAACGAGAUGAAAUAUCUAUCUUUGAUUCCAGUGGGCAUAUAAAUUUUUUAUGAGGGCAAAAGGCCAACGGUGGAAAUAUCCUUCCGCACCACUCGAUUUUGACAUCGAGCUGAAUCGCUCAAGCUGUCACCUUCACGAAAAACAAUGAAGAACGGACUUUGACCUGUUUAUAACGGCGGAUGACACCACAGGACGGCCGAAGCAUUGUGAGCUAUUUAUUAUGAGACCAUGUAAAGUUUGGUGUCAGUGUUACAGCGUCUGGGCAACAGGUGACAAAUAUUCAUGAAAUGAUGAUGUUUCCGGGCAGAAUUCUGUGCUGGGAGGGAAUGGUCACUGCUCAGGCAAGGACACAGACAUCACUGUGAUUCUCUAAUCCUAGCAGUUAAAGAAACACGCGUAUUCAAUAUUUCCUCCAGCCAUUCUCUUUGGUACUCCCACAGCACUUUGGUGUUAACAAGGAUUUAAAGUCACUCUCUCUGGCUGCACAUCAACCUCAGCCACUUCAAAAAAAAAGGCAAGGACACAUUUAGUUCUUUCUAUUGCUCGAUAAAUGAGUAGAAUAUAAGUGGGAUGAAUGGUCUGAGUUUCUUUUUUUGUGUGUGUGUCAAACAUGAUUUUUUUUAGGUCAUAAUUGUUCAACUUUGGCAUUGCUAUUAAAAGUCAAAGGUGAAAUUUGCAUUUAAAUCUUAAAUAAUGACAUGCACUGCAUUGUGAACAUCAGAUCUGACAGGAAAUCUAACGGCUUUUACGGUGUGAAACACAAAAGAGAGAUGUUCUUGAUGCACUAAAUGAUUUGAAAGUUUCUGGCUAAGGCGGAGAGUGGAGGGAGAGAGAGAGAGAGUGAUGAUGAAGUCGAUGCCAACAGGCACAGAAGUGACGGUGUUUAUGGGAAAUGUUAAUAACACCAUUAGUGUAAGACACCAGUUACCAAGGUAUCACAUUUUUUUUGAUGUUGAAAAAUUGCAGCGGACACUUUCUACCACAAAGAGAAUUCAUUAUUAAUGUUAUUAUUAUCAUACCUGAGGUUGAUUUUAAGACUUUAUAAUUGAAUAGCUCCACGAUGCUGCUAAAGGACAAAUGAGUAGGAAUUAGUGGAAUAUAAUAUUCAUAAUUAUGUUUUCACUAGUGUAAAAUCACCUGAAACUUAGAAUUGUGUUUGCGUUCGCUCAGAAUGAGCCCUUCACAUCUACAGAGGGAGCGGGUCCUCUUCCACAGAGCCCGCCAUGUUGCACCACCAUGUUUUUACUGUAGCCCUGAACGGACAAACCAAGGAAGGGUCUUUUGUGUUUGUGUUCAGUUGUGAGAGUGCAGAUUUCAACCUCACCACUAGGUGUCACUAAAUCCUACUGGUCCUUUAAUAACGUCACUUUCCCGUAACUUUGAUACGGACCUGACUUUUGCAGCUUUUGCUUAAUGGGUCUUUUCAAUAUCUGCUCUCAGGAUGAACUGUAAUGUAAUUUUAAUUUGUCCAGCACUUUGGUUUAAAUUCAAAUAAUAAAAAAUAAAAUAAAAACAAUAAAAAAUAAAUAAAUAAAUAAAUUGGUAUGCCAAUAUGCUAAGCUGAGAUCAUGAACAUGUUAAACAUUAUUCGUGCUAAACAUGAGCAUGAUAACAUUGUUAUUGGUACUAUGUUAGCAUGCUGAUAUUAGGUGUGCAGCCUCACACAACCACUGGCAUAGCAGCAGACUCUUGUUGAGUUUCCAUCACAAAAUCAGGUAACAUUCAAAUAGUUGUUGCUCUGGUACUGUAAAAGCUCACAAACACACUCUGUCUGCACUGAUUGGGUAACAGCCAAUACAGUGUUUUAAUUAACAAUUUGUACUAAAAAGGUUGCGAAACUGAUCUAAACUGUAAUUAUUCAGCAUUUGUUUCACUUUACAAUCCACAAAACCGCUGAUUUCACAAUGGUUAUGUUGUAUUUAUUUGUAUUAUUUUCUGUCUAAAUAAUAUUUUCAGAAUUUAUUUUAAGUUUUAUUUUAAAUGCCCCUUACAUUUUACAUUAUUUUAACCAGAGUGUACAAAAGUAUAUAUAGAUAUUUUUUGUCUGAUAUGUACAUAAUGUAUUUAUAUUAUUAACUUUUUGUAUUUUUUUUUUUUUUUAGAUGCUUUACUGGUUCAUUAACUUUGUUGCAGUUGUUUUGUUUAUUGUGCCAAACUCACCUGUGCCUAUGUCUUGAAUAGCUUUUUUUUGUUUAUUUUUCCUUUUUCUCCUGGUGUGAGAUGUGAAAGCUUUCUGGGUUUCUUUGUUCCAUGCACUUGAGCAGUUAUAUGUUUUUUUUAUCAUUUCUCUGUUUUAAUUUAAUUUUAUGUACAAUAAAGCAAAGCAAAACCAAAAACGGUUGAAUAUGGUAUGAAAUGACUUCAUCAAAUCAUUGAGUUUUUUCAUUUUUCCUUUUAAAAUUCACAUUUUUGCCCUGAAGAGUGGUCUCCGCUUAAAUAAUGAUUAAGCUGCAAGUGUAUAAGAUGGAUAAAUUUGUAAAAUUAAUAACAAUCAGUACAGUGAUAAAUGUAUCAGUGAAUGGAUGGAGACUGAAACAAUGAAACUACAGUCAUGUAACAUGAAUAUUUGUUGGGGUAAUACUUUCAUUUUCUCCAGUAAAAUUCAAUCAAUAACUGCUAGUGGAAAAUGAAAAGAGGAAAUUUCCUGUUGUCUGUUUUUAUAUCUGUACAUAUGUGCAUGUGUUGUAGUCACAAAGUUAAAAUUGUACCUUUCUUCCCUCUCAUUAAAAACAUUACAUUCUGUAAAACAAA